GGCUCAGAAAGGUCUCGACUGCGGUGAAGCGAAGGUCUGGUGCGCUGUGCUGCUCCGUCCCUCCCCCUUUCCCUCCCUCCCUCCCUCCGCGUCUCCACUCGCCUCCUUGCGUCGAGAUGGGGGUGGAGGACGUGAUAUAGUAGUGCGAAGUGACGGGGGAUUAUUGCCACUACUAGCACAUUGGCUGUCUUGUUAUCUGGUUGAAGGAAACACAGUGCUCGGGAGUGGAGGAGGAAAUUUAUCAGUUGUUAAGAGUGAGGCGAAGUUUCCAGCCAAGGAUAUAUUGAGUGAUUGUGAAUUUGUGACGUUCUUUGAUGGUGGAGAGGGGCCCCGGAAAAAUGGUGCCCACGGGUGCCAUCCUGCUGCUGCUGCUGGCGGGUGUGGCACUCCCCGCCGCCACAGCAGACGAGUAUGAGUGUGACCUGUCAGUCGAGCAGCCAUGCCGGUCCAACUCGUCCCUCUGCGUGUCUUUGGAGUUCGUGAACGACGGAUUCCUGGACUGUCCCGACGGCUCUGAUGAAGGGUGUGGCGAAGACUGGUUUGUGUGUGACGACCGAUCGGCCUGCGUGGCUCGCGACCUUCUGCAGGAUGGCGUGGCGGACUGCUACGAUGAGUCCGACGAAGCCUGCGAGGAGUGGCAACAUGAAUGUCUUUGUGGCUUCCCUCGCUGCAUCCCGUCCUCUUUGGUGGGAGAUGGCUACGUAGACUGUAUUGAGGGAUCUGAUGAGUUGCACAUCGAUAAGAACAGUUACAUAUGUCCCCCUGAGGCGUCGGAGGAGCAGGAGCUGAGACGCAGGAGGCGGAAGAGGCAGACAGAAGGAGACCAGCGACCUGUGGAGCGCGUGAAGCGCCUGGUGUCUGGGAGUACUCGCCCCACAGGCCUCCUUACCUCCACCGUCAACACCUUCAUCAACUCUGGCACCACCUCCGAGUACUUGACUCUAGUCAGCGCAACGCACCGUGACGGACACUACACCACGCUGACUUCGACUUCCUCUAGGGUGUUCUAUGCCCUCCCGACCAGUCUUUGGGGAGGACAGCCUGAGGGUCUGAUCUCCUCCCUACUGAACACUCGUGUGACUGAUGCAGCAACUACAUUCUACACCACACGAUACUUACGGACACACAUUGACGGAACUUAUGCUCAGAUGAUAGAGACAAUGACUGACGUCUACUCACGCCCCUUUUCCCGCUCCGCAGCACCCCUCAGCAUCCCUGUGCAGGGGACCUUCUUUAGCCAGGCAUCAGGAGACCACUCACGGGCACACCUGCAGGUGAGCUUAAAGGACUCUGAGCUCAGCCCAAGCUCUGUAGCAGAUGAGGUGGUAACUCUAGUGGGGACAAAGGGCAAAUUCAUUAAGAAUGGCCCCAUUCACCCCACUACCUUCAGCGUAUUCACUGGCUCUUAUGUCAAGGACUUACGUACUUAUCUCUUCUUCUUUGGGAAGACUGUCCUACCACCUGUUCCAGGACUAGCAGCGCCUGAGCCAAUCAUCAAGACUCAUACAGAAGUAGUUGUGCGGAAGAGUGGAGACAUGACUAAGAUCAUGGUGGACAUGGACAAAGAUCUGCACGUCAUUAUGCCCUCUAAGACCCAAACCAUAGAAUCCACAAUGGCACCAGAUCUCUUGAUGGGUGAGGGCAUGGUGGAUGGAAGUGUGAUGGGCGGUGUCUUCAUUGAGGGAUCAGAAGGCAUCGAUAUGGAAGGGACAAAAAGUGAGUCUGGUGAAACUAGCAUGCUGACCGUCACCAUUAAUAGACCGGUGUCCAAUACAGUCAUGUUACAGCCCUCAGCGGUGCAGCCUGCUGAAGAGGUCACUUUGCUUACCAUGGUUGAAAAUCUUGGCCUCACCCAUGAUGUGGAUAACGAAAUUGAGGGCACCUUGUUGCGCGCCCGCAAGGCUCGGAUCUCGGGCGGGGAGAUCAUUGCUGAUCUUCGUCCAUCUAAGCCAUUGGAAAUUAAUCUUCCAACCUACACCGUUGGUCAGUCCAAUCAGCCUCUAGAACAAGUAGUUGCCUUCAGUAAGAAUGGAAGACGGACCACAGAAACUUCUGUGGAGAAGAGUGUCAGUGAAAAACACCAAGAGACGAACCAACGUGAGGCUAAGUCUGUAUCUGAUAUACGAGCAAGAUUUAACUUGGAGCGAGGCAGCGAAGACUCAGAUCUCCCCACUGUCACCUAUGUUGGUUUUGCUGACUUUGUUACUACCAUUGCCAAUACUGUGGUGGUGUUCACUCCUCGUUCAGACACCCCAAGCAAAAUCAUCAAACCCUCUGUAUCCAAAACGAAAGAGGCACAGCUCCCAACCACAUUAAGCUCGUCGCCUGUAAAGAUUCCUGUCUCCCCAACAACCUUAGCCCCACGCCUUGCCCCCUCUAGACAUCCCGAGGAGGAUAUCAUUACGAGCUCGCCCACGGAAACUGUCAACGUACAGCCGUCUGUGCAACACAGCACUGAAGAGUCGCAGAUGGAAACUCAAGUGGUGACACAAACUGAAGAAACCUCUGUGAGGGCUGGCAAUGAAGAAACCAUAGAAAAAGAGACCCAAUCUAAUGUUUUCUCUACCAUAUCCACACACAAGUUCAAUACUAUUGACUUGUAUCCAACGGGACUGGUGUCAUCCAUUGGUGGAACAAUUGUUCGUAAUGAUAUGACAACCUUGCUGACAACUUACGUUUAUGGCACCUACAUCCAGGGCCAAUAUGCACAGAUUGUGCAGAGCACCUCCAGUAUCUUCUAUUUGGUUUCCCGCUCAGCGAGUCCAACUCUGCAAGUGACUCCUGCUGUGCAGCCUGUAGCAGCCACAGUUGGCCCUCUGGCGCCAGAACUGACCACGGAGUCCAGUGACAUUUAUGAAUAUGACUAUGACUAUGAAGGCUUCACCACCGAGCUUGGACCCUUGGAUGAGGUUCUUGAUAAUGCUCUAGGAAGAUCUGUUGGUUCUAAUGCUGAUCAGCAGCUCAUCAUAGACACUGUGAACGAGAAACCUACCAUUGAAGAAUUUGAACCUGCAACACCUCAGCCUUCUGAGGAAUCUGAUGGAACGUUCACUACCUUGACAUACUAUACCACCUACUUCUCUGGUGGCACCACCUCUGUAUCUACCCGAUAUGAAACUUCUUCUGUUUUCCUCCCUUUCUUUGGGGAUCAGGACUCCACAACAGAUCCAACACCUACUAAUGAGGAACCGGAACCAACCCAAGCAUCUGAUACUCACCUUACUACCUACACCCACUAUACCACCCUCUUUGUUGACGGCUCCUCUCAGGUCUCGAGCAGAAUCGAGAUACUGACAAAGGAUGCUUUUGAUACCAUCACCACCACCACCACCACUGCUGCCGCCGCCGCCACCACCACCACUGCCGCCGCCGCCACCACCACUGCCACCAGUGCUGCUACCACCAGCACUACUGCUACUGUUGAUGCUGCCACCACAACCCCCACCACUACCUCUUCUCUGAGUCCAUUCUUCAUCACCCCAACAUUGAGUGUGACUCCUGUAAAGCCUCUUCUUGCAACCACAAUUUCAACCACUACUGCUCUUCCUGACAUCACUGAGGACACCACAGAGGAUCCAACCGGACAGGAAGAUCUGGCUGUGGUGGAAGCCGUUAGUGUGGAUGAACCAAUCCCCAUUACAGAGUCAAUGUCUGAGAGCGUGUCAGAGUCUUCCACUGAUUCUUCAGGUCAAGAUGUAACAGAAGGACCUAAAGCAGCCCUGGAAUCUUCUCUAAAUCCUGAGGAUGAGGUGAACGUGGCAUUCUACCCACGUACUUACUACACAACUUACACAUAUUUUACCACCUACUACCGUGCUGGCACUUCAUCUAUCGUGAGCAGCCUUGAGACACUUACAAACAUAGUGACAGAUCCCAGUGACCAUGAUCAGCACCAAACCCUCACACCUGUGGUGCCCACAUACCCAGUCACAUAUUACACCACCUAUACUUUCUGGACCACCUUCUUCAAGGGAACAUCCACCAUUUCCACAAGCUCAGAGAAGACUCUCUCUAAUGUUGUCACUCCUGCUGUCAAGGAGACUGCCACUCCUGUAUCACAUGGAGACCUCAUUCCAGUGAUUGAUGCUUCUCCCACUUCCACUCUUUCCCCUGCAGCAACCACUGCCACUAUCACUGCCGUGACUCCUACACCACAGGUUACUACCUUCUAUACCACUUACACUUACUACACUUCUACAUAUGUAGGAGACAAAACUAUCGUGAACAGUCGUCUUGAGACCAUCACCAAUGUAGUUUCCUCAUCUGUCUUGCCUGAUGGAAUAACAUUGGAAGAUUCUGUCAGACCGCUUGCCACCCUGGAUAACGUGUUUGGUUUUGGCGAUACCACAACCACGGCUACAUCUAAGGCUACCUUGCCACCAGAUCUCUUCAGUUUUGAUGAGAUAACCACUUCAAAGUCAGAGGCAACGUUGCCAUUAGAUCUUUUUGGCUUUGGAACCUCAUCACCAGAAGUGACACAUCCAGAAUCUCCCACUAAAACCAAGUCAACAGGACUUCUGUCUACUAUAAGGGGAAGCACAGUAGUGGAUGGAACUACAACUAUCUUCUCAACAAACAUCAUUGGAACUGUAGUGGAUGGACUGUAUGCACAGAUUCAAUCCACAACUAGCAUAGUGGUUUCUCCCAAUGAUGAGGACGUGGCAGAAGGUGCCCCUGCAACGAUACCUUUCCUCCUCCUUCCCACGACCACUACAGAAGAAUUAACGCUAGCCACUCUCAAUCCAAUUAAUCCUGUUGAUCUGGAAGAUGUCGUAGAACCCUACACCCCACCAAUACUUUUUGCCACACCAACAUUGGAAUCUUCACUGCAGGAUGAUGCCACAGCCACCACACCACUAGAUAUUGCCACCCAAACGUUGCCAUCAGAAGCAACUACAAAAGAGUCAGUAGAGGCUUCUAUAACGGACUCUAAACCCAAAUCUAAGCCAACCAGCCGUAACCAGUUCCCAGUGCGCCCAUCAGGCUUCCGUCGACGACCUGACAUCCUGCCCUUCUUGAGGCGCACAAACUUCCGCUCUCCUGCUGUCACUAAGGAUGAUCCUGCACCAAUUGAUAUUGCCAUUCCUACUGUUACCACUGAGGCUGAUGAAGCCACCACCACUACCACUGUCGCCACCGCCACCACCACCACUACUACCACUUCAGCUAAUCGUCCAUUCCGGUUUGGAUUCCUGCCGACCGCCGAUACCACUGACACUACCACUACCACUACCACUACUAACCAUGUCUCUGUUGCUCCAUCUUCUAUUCGGUUCCGCUUCAACAUCCAAGCCAGGUGGUCCAAGAGGGUCUUCCGUCCUGGUCUCUUUGGCCCAACAAGUGUAAGGGGUAAUUCUCCAGGGUUCCGAUUCAGUGCCAGUAGUCCAGGGGCCUUCCCUGGCACCAGCAGCCCUGGAAGGUUCAGGUUUGGCAACACACGUUCUUCUGUUUUCCCAGGAAGUACUAAAACUGUCAGACCAACUUCUGUAUUUCCCACACUUGCCACCACUGCUGCUCCCAUUUCUGACCUGGAGGUGUUUGAGGACGAACCCAUAUUAGAUGAACCUGAAUUGGAGGAAGAAUUUGUGGAAACUGGUCCUGAUGUGACUUUCCGUCCUUUCAGUUUCCGUUCCAGACAGAAAGAAUCAUCCAAGGAACCUGGAAGUAGGUCGUCAGUGCCACAUUCUUUCAUAAAUCGUCGUCCUGAUUCUCCUGCAAAUAGGCCUAACUCACCCAGUCGUUUCUCUCCAGCACCUAAAAAAUCUAUUGCAAAUAAUCCUGAGGAUGCUGUGGGCAAAAAGAAAGAAACCACUACACCACUUCCUAGACAAGGUUUCCGCUUGAAUCGCUUGAGCCCUGAGGAACGUAGACGUAAUCGCAUUCAGCAGAGUAGACCUGAUCUUUCCAAGCUCUUUGCUCGCAGGCAUCCUUUCAGGAAGGACCUCGAUAAUGAAGCCACUGAAGUAGAACCUUUCUAUGCUGAUCCCAAUGGAGAGCCCUUGGAUGAGGAAGAGAUUCUUAUUAGGAAGAAGCGUCAGACGAGCAACUUUGGAAUGCGAACUAACUCACGUGGCAACACAAGGACAGCCAGAGGACGAUCCAGAGAUACAUUACCUAUCCCUCCUCCAAGUUCAUCAUCAAGGUUUUCCAGACCUGCUAGACCUCGACCAGCAGCUUCCCCUGUCCAGAAAAAUGAAGCUCAGCAGUUCACUCUUAGAGGAGGCUCAAGACCUCUCAGAGGGCGAGCUAAUGCACCAGUUACUCCUGCACCUUCUCCAGGGCGACGUCCUGUAGCCACACCUGCCCCUGCCCCUAAGCCAGAACAAACAAAUCCAGAGACUCCACCUACUCGUCAGAGGGGUAGCCGAACCUCUCUUCCUACAAGACCACGUGCAUCAUCUAGAACUCGCGACUCUGUGCCACUAGGAAACAUUCGUGGACGGGGCUUCAGGAGGCCUUCCACCGACAACAACUUCCGAGCAUCUUCCAAGUUUACUCCUCCUCGUACCCCUUCAAGUCCCAUCAGAAGACCAACACUCAGAAGGAACACCAAUACUAAUACUAAUACUAAUACUAAUACUAAUACUAAUGCAAAUCGACGAAGGCCCCCCGCCACAAACUCUAAUCCCAUCCAGGAGUUCCGCGCUCGACCAUCGCCUCCAAUUACCACUGAACCACCUCCUAUUUUCCCCAGUGAUGAUGGUGGCUUCUUGAUUCAGGAUGAAUUGACAGUAACACGUGAGGUGCCAGUAAAGGCUACCAUUCCUCUAGUAGAGGAUGGCAAUACAGUCUUUAAGGAGGUCAUUACUGCCUCUUAUCAAACUGAAGUUAUUCAACCUGACCAAAUCACUCAGACAGAAAUUGAUGGCACUAUUCGUCUUCUUUUAAGCAGUGUAGAGAAUGGAAAUGAAAUCACCAACUAUGUGGUGGAUCCUGUAGACACUGUUAGUGUCACGCACACUAAUACUUUUGUCGGUACCCGCCGUACCUCAGUUCCUGUAUCUAUCUCCUCUACUGCUUUUAAUGUUAUAACCGUCACUCAAACUAAGCAAGGAAGUGAAAUACAGCAGCUGCUUCAGCUGCUCUUGGGUCAGCAACAACAACAGCAAAAUCCCUUCCUACCCUUUGGGCAGCAAGCUACCAGUCAUGUUAUUCACACAAGCACCUAUGUUACCACUGUCACUAAUGUGAAAUCCACUGCCAUUCCUAUAAUUUUCCGUGGCAAGCCUGUCCACACCACUAUUGUAGAAUCUGAGGUGGAGGUUAUUACAGCAACAGAGCUCACCACACAGACUGUCCUUGCUCCAGCAGCAGGUCUCCCCUUUGGUAACCCUAAUCCCAUCAAUCAGUUGCUGCCACUUCUGCUUCAGGGACAACUGCAGCAGCAGACUGCACAGAAUAGACCAUCAAGAGAACCAGCUUUGCAUCCCACGAAGACUGAUGCACUUCUGUUAGAACAGCUAAUAAAACAACAACAAAAACAAAACAAAGAAAAUGUUGUAAAACAGUUAGUAAACAAGAAGCUGCCGUCUCCCACUCCACCACUGGCAGAAACUUCGGUGGUGACUAUGUAUGUUUCUGGGCGACGGCCGGGAGAGUUCUCUACUGUGUUGUCUACAGUUGUUUUAUCUGGACAGGCUACUCGUAAGAAACGUGGCUCUGACAAGACGAGGGACGUAGAAGCCACUGUCUUACCACACUUUAUUGAGACUGACAAAGGCUUGUUCCAACUUCCUGAUAAAUACUCUAAGGACGAUAUGGAUUGGUUUAUAAUGUCUGCUAUGAAUGAGGUUGAUGUCAGUGGCAUCAAAAAAGUAACUCCACCAUUGGACUCAGUAUUCGGUGAUCUUGCUCAAGAGUACUAUCAGUCUACACGACCAGUAAGUAAUAGCACUCACUCCUUCAGAACUUCGCCUUUUUUAUGGGUGGGCCCCGCUGAGUUUGCCCCUCUCAAGCGGAAUGUCCGGAGCGCACAAAGGGGCAACACUGGGGCAGCCAAGGCUCGUAAAAUCGAGGACGGGACGUUCCAGCAAGAUGUAUUAGGUGGUGAUGGCAAGCAACCUGAGUUAGGGGAUUUAGAGGUGGCAGGCGAUAUCCUUCAACAGGUGCAGGCACCCACUACUUACUAUACUACUUUCACAUAUUAUACCACACUGGUUAAUGGAGCUGGUCAAGAGUUUGUUCAGAGCUCUGAGGAAACCCUCACUCAGUUGGUGACUAAAGGUAACUUACGUCUCAAUGACUUUACCAAGACUGUGCAAAAUGAGGAAGACAUCCCCUCUGUACAGGAGAAGUUCACUCUUGAUGAUGCAAUUUUGCCAGGUAAACCACGUCCUGUUCCUGACCCUGUUUUCACAGAGCCACCGCCACCUUUUGGACCUAUUAUCCGGCAUCGUAUGCCCGAUCCAGAUUUUGUAAAUGAGCCUGAUCCUCCCUUCCUUGGUGGAAGUAGUAUUGAUUUGGCUCGUCUUGAGGAAGAGCUACCAGAACUGCAGAGGCCUCGUCGCAUCGUGUUGACCAGGAAGCGGCCAGUAGGUCAAAACCCUAAUGACCGUGUACGAACGGUAGUGACUCGCCGCCGUCCUGUCAACCAGCUGGAGGAAACCCCAACUAGACCAAGUGUGGCUGUCACAUCAGUGGAACCUCUACACUUACAGAUCGAAAGAGAGCAUCAAAUUGAGGAUUUUCAAAAGCUAAAUCCUUCUGUAGAUGAUGAAGCUAUCAUACCAACACAUGAAGUGACAGAAAUUGAAGAGCAGGACCGUGAGGAGGAAGUGGCAGGGCAACCAGGUAAGCGACGCCGCAUGCGGAUUACUGUCACCAGCCGAAGGGUUAUCCAGCCCACUACAACUAUUGAGGCAGACAAAACAACAAUGCUCUCAGGAGGGCGGCGCCGUAUUGUGGUUACCCGUCACUUGCCUCAGCCCACUGUUGUAGCUAGUCCUUUACGACCCCUUGUGGCAACUGUCAAUACUUACUACACAAUUUACUCCUAUCUGUACACCCUCUAUGAUAAUGGGAAACUUGUAUCAGAGUCAAUGCGGGAGGUGACAGUGUCCAAUGAGGUAGAACCAACAGCAGUAUCUGUGCUGCCUACCUUCCAGGCUGGGAUGGAAGCCAGUGGUCUGUACACACUAGAAACAGGAAGCAGCUUGGCUACUCUUGGAGAACGAAUCCACAGUUCUCUCACAACGCAGAUCUUCCUUUCCUCAGCAACAUUAGUCAACUUAACUCCAGAGACUAUAAAGGAAAAUGCACAGACUCCUCGAACAACGGAGGCCCUUCAUCCUCCAUCUUCCACCCACAGCAUCCUGCAGUCCUCCUUAGCAGAGGAAGACAUUGUGCUUCCUACUGAUACACCUUUCAUCACCACCAGCAGUUUUAAGACCACACAGGAACGUAGCCAGAUAACGAGGGGACAAACUGCAGAUAACAUUCCCUUGACUCCACAAGAUGUCACGGCAGCUUCUGAAAAACCAACUCCUUCACGAGCUGGUGUAAGGAAUAAUGGUCGAGGCACUGUAAGAUUUAGUAUUCCACGCCAGAAAGUGAAGGUGACAGUAACUAAACGACGACCUGUCAGACCUUCCAUCAAUCAACCUGCAAGUGCCAACACCCAGGUGCCCUCGCCUAUCCGUUCUCCAGCCCGUGGAACUACUCAGAUUCUCACCCCAGCCCGUGGGGCUACUCAGAUUCUCACUCCAACCCGUGGAUCAACACAGAUUCUCACACCAGCCCGUGGGGUUACUCAGAUUCUCACUCCAGCCCGUGGAUCAACACGGAUUCUCACACCAGCCCGUGGGACUACUCAGAUUCUCACUCCAGCCCGUGGAUCUACACAGAUUUUCACCCCGGUCCGUGGGCCUUCCCAGACUUUCACCCCAGUCCGUGGGUCCACUCCAACACGUGCCCAAGUAAAUAAACCAGCCCAUGCCAUCACCCCAGUCCAUGAGCCCAUCCAUACCAUCUCUCCUACCCAUGAGCCCAUUCCUUCACACACACAAUCCGUCCCUGAGGACUUCUUAGGAUUAAGAGAACCACAAGAAUCUGUUACAGGACCUCCACCUGUGGAUGAACCAGAACAACCUGACUACUACGAGUAUUAUGACGAUGACUUGCUUCUUCCCACGGAGGGACCAACCACAGAAUCUGAAUUCCACUCCCUUCAGGAAUCAACCAGUCCUUCACCUCCUCUUCUUGAGGAUGAUAGCUUCAGUUUGACUCCAUCAGAAGAACCAGUUGUCACAGAGGAAGCAGAGGAAAUUACGACCCCCAAGCCACCCCUAACACCCGCUCCUACUCCUGUCCGUCCGACCAGGCCACCUAGGAAGUCAAUUCGGAGGGAUGACAUUCCAAUUAUCCGCCGACCAAGCUUCGAGCGGCCAUCACGACCCUUCAUAAAGCAACAAGCAGCAGCAGAAAUCGCACCUGCGACAGAACCACGGCUGCGGUUCACUCAUCCUCCUGCACCAACAACUGAACCUACAGAGGCACAACCAACAACUGAACCUUCUGAAGCACCACCAGUGGAGGUUCUUGAGCAGCCAGGUGAGGAAGAGUAUGUAUAUGAUGACUACUAUGAAGAUGACUAUUAUUAUUAUGAUGAAAAGGAAAGCCCUGGGCUGCUAGUCCCAGAACAAGAAGCACCAAAGCCUGAUACCAAGCUGCUACAACCCGAAAUUGAGGUCUCACCCGAACUCCCACUUCGUCCUGAUCUUCCUGAAUCAAAGCCAAGAUUCACAAUGCCAACACAGAUUGAGACUACCACCAGCGCCUUUGACUUCCUUGAUCUUCUGAAGGGUGACCGAACGUCCACGGAAUUAUCCUCGCCAACCAUCACACAUGAACCCGAUCCCAGCCACUCCGAUCCCACCCAGACAGAGGAACCUGCUGUCCCACCUGCUGGCUUAGUAUAUACCACUUAUGCCACCACUACGCUGUUGCCUAUCUUGGGAGGAGAGCACUCUAUUACCCUCACUAUCAUGACCUCCUCCCUCAUCACCCCUUCUGUCACCUUACCUUUCUUCAACACUGCCUCCCCAUCGUUGGCCGAGCCCUCACCCACUUCACCCACGGCGCUGCCCUCCCCUUCUGCCCUACUGCCUUCCCUUGAACCCUCCUCUCCACCUGGGGAUGACAUUCAAACCCCUGUGGUGGUCGACCCUCUGCCCAAGAUUACCUCCCCCACUGCACCAGCCCAACCAAAGACCUCCCUGGCGUUUGGCUUCUUCCCAGAAUCACCUGUCGUGGACACAGGGUCGGGUCAGGGGUCGGGUCGGGCGGUGGUUGGCCUGCCCGUGUCAGAGCAGGUCGAGGGGACGGUGCGCGAGGGCGAGGCGCAGCACAUCAAUGCUCGCUUCAGCAUUGGUGCCCGACACAACCUUGCCACUAAAGUCAUGAGUAAUGGUGUCGAGGUUAUUGUUGCCGGUGACAAGACUGCCCUGCCACUGCCCAAGGACCAAGUCAUCUCUAACAACUUUGAGAAAUUCCGACGACCGAUUACCCUUCCACCAUCGACUUUGUCCGACCAAAUGGUACUGUUCUCCUCUGAAGCUGAGCGUCCCUUGGUGACACAGCUGGCAGGUGGUGAUGAUGGCAUCUACCAGACCAACACCUACUUCACCACCUACACAUACUACAACACUCUGUUGGCUGGAAACAAGCCUUUUGUCAUCACCAGCAAACAAACCCUUGAAAAUGUGGUGACUGUACCACUUCCUCACACUGGACAUUUCAUUGAACACACUGAGGUCACUUUUGACACACACACCUACUACAAGACCCAGACCUUCACACGCACCAUUGGAGGGGAGGACUCCCAGACAGUGGUCACUUCUCAGGAUGUCCAGACUCAGGUUGUGGUAACGGAAGCACCAUCAGUGGAGCGCACCUCUGUCUCACCCACUCAGGCCUCCUUCGUCACCAAGACAUACUUUACCACACUCACCUACUUCAACACUGCAGUAGAAGAUGGUACCACAGUGAUCAGCAGUGACACAGUUGUCUCCUCAGAGGUUGUGACAGAGCCAGUUCACAUCACAAAAACUCCCAGCCUGGACUUGGUAGAGUUUGGCUUGACUUCUACACCAACCACCCCAUUGGCAACUUCAACUAGUUUUGACCAAGAUGACCUUGUUCUUUAUGCCACCAAGACUGUGUACACAACCCUUACCUACCUCACUACUAUUCUUGAGGGUAGUGACACCAUAACUACUUCCAGUGUUGACAUUUCUUCAAGUGUCAUCACAGAGCCUGUGACUACAGCUUUGAGCUAUGAGGAGCUCAGCAGCUUGAGGGAAUCCUUCUUAUCCAAUCAAGCAUCUUCCACAGCCACUGGUGGAUCUCAACUUCUCACAGUUUCCUACAUAAAGGUCCAUGACAAUGUGUACAAGCAGCUACGCACUCUGUAUGCCACAUACACUCACUUCACAACUCUCAACAAUGGUGAAAUACUGUCCAGAAUGGAAACCAAGACAAAGAUCCUCACCUCCACUGUUACAACCUCCAGUGUUGCAGCGUCUCUUCUUAUUACUCCUACAAGUCAGAUUGACCUUCCAGUCUCCACACCAGCUCCAGGAAUCGAUACAUCUAGUUCUGUUCAGCUGGAUCCGUCAUAUCUAUCUUCCUUGAAGAGUUCCUUCUUGGAUCGGGAAACCACAUCUCUUGCUGGUCCUGGUGAGGAGGAAGGGCUGCAGGCCACAGUGCUGGUGGAGGAGGGAGAUCCUUCUGGCACAUUUGUAGUUAGUGAUUCCACCACCUCAGCCACCCUGCUGGUGAGACCCACAGAUGAGAUCUCCACUUCAGUGACUUCAGGCCAGACCAUUGUGAUAUUUGAUCCAGAUCAUUUGUCUUCUCUGAAGUUAUCAUUCCAGGCCAACAGUGGCCUAUCUAAUCAUACUCACAAACCAACAACUGAGGAGCCAUCUACAGACAGACCUGUAUUUGUUAGUGAUGGUGAGGCAAUUGAUCCUACAGCACCAGUUGUCACUGAACCUUAUCCACCUGUGACUCCUCCUGAACCAGUCACUCCAGAGGUCGUUACACCAGAUACAUCAGAGCCAGUGGAAGUGACAACCCCUGACAGUUCCACCGAUAACCCUGGAAGUGAUUCACCUGUCGUUGUUUCACCAACUCCAGCUGUAGUUCCUCCUCCAGCUCCAGCCCCUGCUCCUGCUCCUGCUGCUGGCACCACUUCUGCCCCUGCAUCAGAUGGCAGUGUAGGUCCUGCUGAAUAUUCACUGACAGGCAGCAGUGAUAAUGCUCUCAACAUUGACCUUGGCCCCAUGCUAACUGCUGUAGCAGGUUUGCUGCGUAACAAUCUUAACAGCCAGAGUAGCAUUAGUGCCAAAUCUGAUGGUGAAGUGAACAAUCGCAGAAAACCAGGAUUACCUCUGCGACCCACAAACACUCUCAUCUCUCCUCAACAGGAGCCAUUGUUGAUCCCUGUAGGUGGAGUGGGUGCCUCACUCAGCAGCACACGAGAUCACACACUUGGUCCUGAGCAGGGCUUCAUUCCCCUGAGACGACCUGACGGCAGCACUCCACAGAGCCAGCCACGAUUCCCUGGUGAAGAUCCAAGACAUGAAGCACCACAAAAUUCAGGAUUUAUAAAGGUUGCUCCUGAGAGACCAAGACCUAUUUUCUCUGCUCCAACCAGCAUUAAAGACAUGGAAGGUUUUGGUCCAACUUUCCUUCCACCUAGAACACAGUCUGGCUUCACUGCAAUGACAGAUGACCAUAUUGCAUCUACCAAAGUUUCUGUCAUAUCUGGAUCCCCAACUAUCUUCUUUGGUGGUGUUGCACUUCAUGAUCUUCCACCUCCAGGCCAACCAAUUCCUUCAGAUCAUGGCCACAGCAGUGAUUUUGGCACUGUCACCAUCCAUCCGAGCCACACACUUCCUGCAGGUCACACAAGACCUGUGCCAAUACCAGUUCCAGUUGCAGGUCCUGGUUCUGGAGGACCAAUCCCACAGCCAGUACUGCCAGAAGUGUUCACAGACGGGGAGACAUCAGGUGACUCCCAUCUAAACCUUGAUUCCAGGCCAAACCCUCAACAUCCGCAGCCGUCCCUUGUGGGCCCCCAGACCAUCGUGAGCAUUGAGGGUGACAAUCGAAUUGUGGGAACUCAAGUCAUCCAUGGCCACCAAACCAUCCAACGCCAGCCUGAGCCACCCAUUAUUGUCUCCCCUGCUGGUGCUGAGUAUGUCCUUCACUCAACAGUUGGUGUGGGAAUAAUAUCUGGUGAACCAGAUGAAGACAGGCCACUGCCACCCCCAGGUCUUCAAAGUACUGUCAUAUCUGGGGUGGAGACAGUGUUCCUGGGACAUGGCAAGGACAGGGGUCGCACCACAGUCGUGCGUGGCUCCUCCACAGUUUUGUCUGGAGCCACCACCAUCUUUGGUUCACUGUUCACUCGUCCAGCAGGAGGCAGUGAGGUAGGAAGUGAUCUGACUUCUAUAGUGAGUGGACCAGGAGGUGUGCCAACCCGCUUCAUAACCCACGUGGAGACUGUACCUCGUACUGUGACUGCCACACAUACAGAAUUUGUGUUUACAGCAGGUGUCACUUCUACCUUGACACAGGUGGUCUAUAGCACUCUGCCACCUCGCACUAUUGUCUCUACCAUUGUUGGUACAGCAACAAGAGUUAACUAUGUGACUGUUACUGUCACCCCUGAUGGUGCUGCUGUGACUGGUGGCCUUCAUGGAGUUCAAGACCCAAUCACUUACCCACCCGGUUCACCCUUUGACCCAGCCAACUACCCAUCCUUCCCUCUGACCCCCAAUCCACAUGAGGAAGAACUCAGGCUUCCUGGAGAUGCUGAGGCUGUCCUGAGUGAAGAUACUUUAGGCAUUGCUGAGGAUAAUGAAAUUAGCAAAGUAGUGGAGAGCAAUAGUCCAGACCAAGAAAUUAAUGUAAGUGGUCCCCUGAGGGCGCCUGUCUCGCCAUGUGACCCUCAGUGCUCUGCCGCUCGCCACGAGGUGUGUCGUGUUGUUCAGGGAGAGCACACCUGUGUCUGCCGUCCUGGCUACUCUCGCAGGAAUGAAUAUGAUGUCUGUAAACCUUCCAUUGCUUAUAACGUCCAAGUACUUCUGGAUGGCAUGAGUGAUGGGCAGCUUGUGUUUGACAAUGUCCUGCGAAACGCCUCCCACCCAAUCACUCAAGACCUUUCCUACAUCACCGUGCAUGGCGUGGGCCAGGCCAUGAUGGACACUCCUCUUGGUCCUCGAUACCACACUGCCACCAUCACCAAAUUUUCUGACACCAAGGAGAUGGUGAUGCCAGUGUCUGUGUAUGAUAUGGACCAUGGACUGGUGGCAGAUGUCAAGGUGGAGUUCUUAAGGGAUGAAGAUGAAACAGAAGAAAAUUUCCUGGAUGAGUUGAUGGUGAAGGAGGCACUGGAGACAGCUCUCAAGGAAAGCAACUAUUCCUUGGGUGGCACAGGACUCUUCACCAGCAGGGCAGCAGCAAUCCUGGCCUCAGAGGACUUCAAUGAGUGCAUUGUUGAAGGCCACAAUGACUGUUCCCCCAAUGCUAACUGCUUCAACACACCGGGCUCCUACCUGUGUGCCUGCAAGGAUGGCUUCAAGGACAUUUCAGAUGUGCCUGGAAGGGAAUGUGCUGUUCAGACAGAGCAGUGUGCACAGUGCAACUUCCAGGGCGAGUGUGUGACAGAACCAGAUGGGUCAGUGGGAUGCCGGUGCCUGCAGUGGUUCAGUGGUAACAGAUGUCAGCUCAACCUCAGAGUAAUGCUGAUAGCACUGGUGACUGUGGGUGCCCUACUGAUCCUGCUGCUGCUGCUGUGUGUGGUGCUGUGCUGUCUGAGAGCAAGACGCAAUGCCCAAGACAAGUUGGCUCAGGUGCCUGGAGCCCCGACCUUCCUGCGGGCACGUUCCACCGACAUGUCAGGUACUCUGGACCGCCGUGCCAUGAUCCAUGAAACUUCCUCUGAGAGCUCAGGGGAGCAUCCACCACCAACCCCACCACCACCACCGCCAAGCCUCUUUCAUGAUAAGCACGAACGUGUGAUUCGGCCUCCCCGGUCAGAGAUCAGCACCAGCCGGCGGUCACGUUCCUCCUUCGCUGAGGAUCGGUCUGUUGGAGUGCACACCACCCUCCCACCUGUGCUGAUCCCAAGAGUGAAAGGUCCAGCUCCCCCUCGCCCAGCAGUGGUGAGCCGGGAUAAGGAUGGGGAACCCAGGGUCAUGAUUGGUGCUGACGCCCGCUCUGACCUAGCCAGUUCCCAGCAGGCCUUUGUUGAUCUGCUGGAUCCACCUGGACCUAUUGCCUGCCACUCCAGCAGGAGGGAGAGCAUGACUGCUGCCUCCAUCCACAGCAGUGCUCGCAUCAACCGCUCAAGAUCACACUCCCGGGAACGCUUGUCUGAUGCCUUCCUCCACCAGCUCCAUCCACAGGGAUCCACUCGCUCUCGUUCCACUGACAGGCUCCACACCAGCACCCAUGACCUCAACUCAGAGUUUGGCGUCAACUAUUCCUUCCGGGGAGAUGGUGAGCGGACAAUGAGUGAAGCAAGGUCUUACGAUGAGACCACAGUACGUCCUCCAAUCAGAAGCCUGCGGGCAGAGAGUUUCUAUUCCUCAAAGGCACUCUCAUCUCAGCACAUUUCUGAACACCAGACCAUGGCUGAGAGGGAUGGAGGCUCUACUGUGGUUUAUCCUCAGACUGAGCUGUACCGACCAGUAAGGGAUAAUGACUCAAUAAGUGACAUGAGUGAAAUGCAAUCCAAAGUCACUUCCACCAGAGGAGCUUCAAGAAAUUUCUUCUCCUGAGUGGCCUCUGAUUCUACCAGCCACCCAGCUCUGCUCAAGACUGCCUCAGAAGGAGGCUGCUGUUCUCAGCGCCAGCUUAAGGCAGCUUCUGAGAAGUGAAAAUGUUCUAUACAUUGUAGAUGUACAUUUCUAAUUCAAUAUGUAAUUCAGUGAUAUUAAUCAAAAGUACACAAUACUUAUAAAUGAAAUAUUGCAAGGAAAUGUUAGUGUGCAUAAAAGCAAGUAAUAUUAUUUCAUGAAUAUCUCUUCCAGUAAUGCAUAUGUUUUAAUAAAAUGAAUGCUACACAGAGAAAGUUAAGAGAUUAAGAUACAGAGAAUGUAUAUUAUUAGUUUUAUUUUUUGUACUUGCCUUCUUAUCCCCACAAAAGAAACUAAGAGUGUUUACUCAAAAUUAACAAUGGCGCUCUGCCGUUAUGUUAGGAUGCUGUUCCUCUUAUUUUCAGAGGCAUGUGUGUGAGAAGGGAGCAGCCUUUCCCUUUUCCUGACGGUGCAUAUUGUAAAGCAAAAAAGGUCACUUGGGGCUCAGGUCAUGCACUCACUGCUCAAGAAGCUUCAUGAUAUUUAUUUAUACUUCAUGAAACAGGCUUCAUGCACUCCAUGCUUUCUGUUUCAUCUGGUUGCCUUUUUAUAUUAAAAACAAAUAAUUGUGAAUCCAACAAUGUCAGCCUGAUUUGUGACCUAUUUUGCUGAUCUAUAAAUAUCUAUAUUUUUCCAGAAAAUUAUCAUGUAUUGUACUGAUAUACUAUAUAUAUUUGUUACUUUGGUAAACAAUCAAGAGUUUUGUUAUAUUAGUACAGUGUAAUUACUAAUGUCUAAUUUUAGGAUAAUAUUCAUAUGAUGAAAGUUGCAUUUGAGUUGAAUGUUUUUCCAACUGGUGUUUGCUCCAUAUGAGAAUUGUCUGGGGCUGAGGCCCUCUUUUCUCACUUGCAUACUUUGUGAGGUGAAUCCUUAUCCUAGCAGUUAUGAAGUGUACAUACAACCACUGUAUAUAUUUGUACCCGAGAGCAUGUCUGGCUGGUCCAAGCGAACUACACCACCCUAACAGUCUAACAACUGAUUGGUACAUUGACAAGCCCCCAGGUACUGCUUGUGUCAGUGGGGAAGUGACAGCUUCAUGUGGAGCAUCUUGUAAGGUUGAGGUAGAGCCGCUGUGGCCUUAUGUACAGUGGCAGGAGUUGCUGUGCUGUGCCAGCCGGCCUGACACUGGCAGUAGCUGGGAGCCGUCUUCCCCAUGCUGGCAGGUCUUCUUACGCCAUCUUAGGGUUGAUAUUUUGUACAUUGUAGGACUAAGGAUCUUCACCGCUGUGCCAGACUGUGCUCGCUGCCCUCAGGACUGCUGUGGUGGAGUCUCCUCAGCCUGCUCCUGGGGAUGCAGGACACAGUUCAAGAGAAGGAUUAUCAUACUUGUAUAAACUUUCUUUGUGCCAAAUGGCAGCACUUACUGGGUUCCUGUAUGACUUGGGUAGUUUUCUGUGUUGGGUGGACGGCUGGUGUUCCUUAUUGCCAGUCGUCCCGCCCCGAGGUCUGGCCUGCCCUGAGGAGGACUGUUGUCAAGAGUGUACUGCGCUUGUUCCAUUUUAUUAAUAAACCUAUAUCAAUA